ACUCGUACACUACUAGUCAAAGGGCUUCGAGCUUUUGUAACCUCCCUCCGACUGUUAUACCUAACAAAAGUCACUAGUGAUAACUGACAGUGCCUCUCAGUUUCAAACGUUCGUCUCCUGGUAGGCUUCUUUGCUUUGGAUGUGCGAAAGACGUUGGCGGAAUCUUUCGAGAUGGACGAAGCGAAACCAACCGCACCGUUGGCGGACGCUUCCAGGGAAAAGCACUUAAAGUUCAAGAUUGACGUUUCUGCCAUAGAAUCCGUCCAUGAGAACCAACUGGCUUCAGAGCUUCAGGCAUUAGAUUUAGAUGUGUAUGAUUCGAAUACCCUCGAAAAAGGAAUAAUUGCACAAGUCGAAAAGGCUAUUCAAGAAAAUGAUAUCGAAGAGGGUGAGUGUUUCGAUGAUGAUGAUGAUGGUGAGCCUCCCUCAAAACUCAGAAAACUACUGACCACCAAUAAAAUCACGACUAAAAAUAUCAAAAGCAGAAAUGGAGAGCUGGACAGUUUUAAUAAAUACCUACAAGAUCAGGCAAGAAUGCAAAAAGACCAGAUAAAAAUGAUUAAAAAUUUUCCAAAAAAGAACUUCAGCUCAGCAAUAGUGAAAGUCGCAAAACCUACAAAAGGGGAACAAGCAAAGGAUAAAAUUUUAAAUAGUAAAUUUCCAGUCAAAAUUAAGAAAAAGAAGAAAGCAAAAUCGCCUACACUGGUUAUCGAACCAGAUCAUUCUGUUCAGCCUUGUGAGAUUGACCGUAAAUAUAGAAAUAGUUCCGGUUCUGAAUAUUUUCCAUCAUCCAGUGAAGACUCUGAAGAUGAUUACAUUACAACCAGAGCCAAGCCUGCGAAAUGCAAAGUCAAUUCAUCAGAGAUGGAUUUAAGCAGUGAUGAUUCCGAAUGGGCAUCUGAUAAUGAAUCGAAAAAUAGAAAAAAGACACGAGAACAAGAUGACGGAAAUUUGGAGAUUUUUGAGAAAAGGGUUAGUAAAUUCAACAAAGAUAUAUUCAAGAAAUUCCACAUUGUCAAUGAAGGAGAGCAAUACAGGUGUCCAUCGGUUGUUUGGGACAAAUUAUACAAAUAUCAGCAAGACGCAGUUGCCUGGUUUUGGGGUCUGAAUAAAGAACGUUGUGGUGGUAUUCUCGGAGACGAGAUGGGCCUUGGAAAGACGAUUCAGCUCAUCGCCUUCUUUUCAGGCCUAUACAUUUCUAACAUAGUUGAUUUUGAUACUGACUAUAAGGGUUUAGGCCCGAUUCUCAUAGUCUGUCCAACCACUUUGAUGCACCAUUGGGUUAGAGAACUCCACAAAUGGCUUCCUCCAGUCCGCGUAGCUAUACUACACGAAACGGGUACUUACUUGGGAAAGAAUAAGAAUAAACUGAUAGAUUCUAUCCACAACAUUUGCUGUGGAAUUUUAAUAACUAGUUACAAUGGGCUAGUCCUUUAUAAAGAAAAAAUAUUAUCUAAAAAUUGGCACUACAUUGUACUUGAUGAAGGGCACAAAAUCAGGAAUCAUAACGCACAAGCGACACUUGUAGCCAAGCAGGUUUUGACGCCGCAUAGAAUAAUCCUUUCAGGAUCACCACUUCAGAACAACCUCAGGGAAUUGUGGUCUUUAUUUGAUUUUGUCUACCCUGGAAAGCUUGGAACGCUCAACGUGUUUAUUGCCUCGUUUCAAGUCCCGAUAGUACAAGGAGGCUACAUGAAUGCCACUCAGGUCCAGAUCAAGACAGCGUACAAGUGUGCGUCUAUAUUGAAGGAGACGAUAUCGCCUUACCUUCUAAGAAGGAUGAAAGCAGAGGUAGAUCAACACGUCCACCUGCCUCCGAAAACAGAGCAAGUCCUCUUCUGUAAACUCACAGAUGAACAAAGGGCGUAUUAUAAGCACUAUCUAAGCACCUUAGAUAUCGAGGGAAUAGUCAGAGGCAGGGUCAAAAUAUUUGUCGGCCUUAUAAACUUGAGAAAGAUCUGUAACCAUCCCGAUCUGUAUUCUGGCGGGCCAAAUAAAGACUUUAGACUGGACGAGGAUGCUAACAACCAGAAACCAGAAAAUUGCUUCGGCUAUUAUAAAAGGGCUGGAAAAAUGAUAGUAAUUCAUAAAUUAUUGAAAAUAUGGUUUCAGCAAAACCAUAGGGUUUUAAUUUUCACCCAAAGUAAAAAGAUGCUACGUAUUUUAGAGGAUUACAUUAAAACACAAAAAUACCAGUACUUAAAACUUGACGGUGGGACGAGCAUUGCUUCAAGGCAGCCGCUGAUUGAUAAAUUCAACCAGGACACCAGUUAUUUUGUUAUGCUCUUGACCACUAAAGUCGGGGGGCUUGGAGUGAACCUUACUGGAGCCAAUAGAGUGAUAAUUUACGAUCCAGACUGGAAUCCUGCUACUGAUACUCAAGCGAGGGAACGCGCAUGGAGGAUAGGACAACAAAGAGACGUCACCAUUUAUAGAUUCAUCACUACUGGAACAAUAGAAGAAAAAAUAUACCAUAGACAAAUAUUCAAGCAGUUUUUAAGCAAUAAAGUUUUGAAAGAUCCAAGACAGAGGAGAUUUUUCAAGUCUAAUGAUCUUUUAGAGCUGUUUACGCUUGCUGAAACCGUCAGUGGUGGGACGAGUGAAACAGCGGCAAUUUUUGCCGGGAUUGGCUCUGAGGUGGAGUUACCAAAAAAACCUCCAGGUAAACUGAAAGAUGCUGUUGUUAUUCCUCAACCAUCAUUUUCUGCCUCAAAAAUUGAGGAGAUGAAAAAGCUGGCUCAAGAACUGAGCAAGAAAAUAACUAUUAGCCAAAAUCAGGCCGAGAAUAAACUUGAUGAAAGUAACAAGGAAGAUGAAAAUUUGAAUAAACAGCUAUCUUCGAGUUGCGAUGCACAAGCGAUUCCAUCAACAAGUAAACAGAUGCUUAUAUACGGACCAGAUGGAAAUCUAGUCUUAACAGAUAUAAACACAAGCCAAGAAGACAAGAAGAAAAAUGACACCGACGAUGUUAAACCGGCUUUGGAGACUGAAAGCAGAAAGAAAAAGAAGAAGAAAUAUAAAAAUGGCGGCUCUUUUGAAGGUCAUGUUGUACCGCAUCUGGUAAAAUGUAAAUCCGUUAAAAAACAAAAAAUCGCAAGAACUCUAACACAAGAUGAAUACGUUCUUCACAAACUGUUUUCAAAAUCGGGAGUUGAAAGCGCCAUGAGGCAUGAUGCUAUAAUGGAAGGAGGACCGAGUGAUUAUGCCCUUGUAGAAGCGGAAGCAGACAAAGUGGCCCAAGAAGCUUUGAAGAAACUUAGAGAAUCUAGUGUGAGAGUAAUUCAGCCAAGGAAAUUGACUUUUCUAACACCUCUGCCAAUGAAUGGAAUCGACAGUAAGAAUCCAAUAUAUUCUUCAAUAAAUAAAAGAAAUUUGGAAGUUGAAAAUCGCACCCCAGAGACGGUUCUGGUAAAAAAUAUCAUCGAGUGGAUGUGUACUCAGGGUGGAACUGUCUCAACAGAUUCGAUAGUUAAUGAGUUUGCGUCCAAAGUGGGUUAUGAAAAAAAUGCCAUUUUCAAGUCGAUUCUUUCUAAAAUAGCGGUAUUUUUCCGAGCUCCUGAUAAAAAGGGCUACUGGACGAUUAAGGAGGAUUUCAGACGAUAUCCACGAUGAUGUUUUUUUUAUUGUUCAUUAUUCACUUUAUGUGAAAACAAAUUAAAGAAAUGGCUGUGCAAUUUUAAAGAACUGCAUUCUUUAACUUAGGUUGUCCUUCUAUAAGACUGAUUAGAUUUCUAAUUGUGCAAUUUUUUAUUAUUAGUGUGAUUCUUUCUAAGAUCACUUAAAAGAAAACAAAAAAGGUUCGGAGUUAUGUAAAACGGUUAAUUUUAGGUUGUGAUUAUUUGUGUGCAUAUUUGAUGUAUUUUAUUCAUUCAAUUUUCAUUUCCUCUACUUUGAUUGAUUUUUGUUUAAUUAAUUAAUUUAUUUUUUGUUCAAUAACAUUGUGUUCAUAAAUGAGUUUUUCCCUGUUUAAAUCCUAAGGCAAAAUUCUUAAAUAUUCAUAUUUUUUAUUGUUGUUGUUUUAUACAAUUAUUUUUAUAAACAGUGUAGUAACUCACAAAUUUUAUGAAAGCAAAUCAUGUAAGAAAAUGUUUACAUAUUCAAUUUAUUUAUUGUUUAUUUCUUUCAGUUUUCUGUUCAGAAUGUUUCUAAAAAAAUCAAAGAAAAACCUUUCGACAAUUCUCCUUGCAUCCCCUUCCCCUUCAUUUUUGAAUUUGUGAUGUAAUAUAUUAUAUAAAUAUAUAUUUUUGU